GCGGGGCAGGAACAGCCGCCUGGGGUGUUUGGUGACGUAGGAGGUUAAAGGUCUAAAAAUCAGGCAGCAUCAGCCACAGAGCGUUCAUGCGGAGAUGAGUGGAGGUUAAAAACUGUCCUGAAUAAUGGUAGUGACUGCUGGUUAGACAAAAAUACAGCUUCGCAACCAUCGCAGUCCGGCGUGAGACACAAGUCACCGGAUGAAGGAGCGCUCCCAGGAUGGCAGGGGUGUUCGACAUCGACUUGGAGACUGAGGACAUCAGUGAUACAGAGGAUGAUGUCUGUGACUUCACUGUGACAGAGCCGGAGGAUGCUCAGACAGAAGAAGUGGAGCUGACCAGUGAAAGUGUCAACAGAGACAGUGAGAGAGUCGGUCCUGACUGCUUUGAGCUUCUCACUGUACUGGGAAAAGGAGGCUAUGGCAAGGUUUUCCAGGUGAGGAAGGUUCAAGGAGCCCAGACGGGGAAAAUAUUUGCCAUGAAGGUCUUGAAAAAGGCCAAGAUAAUCCGUAAUGCGAAGGACACGGCCCACACACGAGCCGAGCGGGAGAUUCUAGAGACGGUGAGGCACCCGUUCAUCGUGGAUCUGCUCUACGCUUUCCAGACUGGGGGAAAACUCUACCUCAUACUGGAGUGUCUGAGUGGAGGGGAGCUGUUCAUGCAGCUGGAGAAGGAAGGCAUCUUCAUGGAGGACACCGCCUGUUUCUAUUUAGGGGAGAUCACACUAGCCCUUGGUCACCUUCACUCUAACGGGAUAAUCUACCGAGACCUCAAACCUGAGAACAUCAUGCUCAACCACCAAGGUCACAUCAAGCUGACUGACUUUGGCCUCUGUAAGGAAUCAAUUCAUGAUGGAGCUGUCACACACACCUUCUGUGGCACCAUAGAAUACAUGGCCCCAGAGAUCCUGACCAGGUCAGGUCACAACCGAGCGGUAGACUGGUGGAGUCUGGGAGCCCUGAUGUACGAUAUGAUGACUGGAUCGCCACCUUUCACUGCUGAGAACAGAAAGAAGACCAUUGACAAGAUCUUGAAGUGUAAACUCAGUCUACCGCCAUACCUGACCAUUGAUGCCCGGGACCUCAUCAAAAAGCUGCUGAAGAAGAGUCCAGCCCAGAGACUCGGUUCUAGUAAAGCAGACUGCGCUGACAUCCAGAAACAUCCGUUCUUCAGGCACAUCAACUGGGACGAUCUGCUCAACAAGAGAGUAGAGCCGCCUUACAAGCCACAGCUGCAGUCAGAAGAGGAUGUCAGCCAGUUUGACACCAGGUUCACCAGACAGACUCCAGUGGACAGUCCAGACGAUACCUCGCUCAGCCACAGCGCAGAGCACGCCUUUGCUGGUUUCACAUACGUGGCUCCAUCGGUUCUAGAGAGUCUGAAGGAAGGUUUCUCAUUCGAGCCCCGAACACGCCCCGUACGCCGACACAACAGCAGCCCCCGCACACCCAUCAGUCCUCUGAAGUUUUCCCCGGCAGGACCCUUCAAAUCCAGCAUCGAUGGAGAGCCAGACAUCCUCUCCCCGACCUCCCCUCCGGCAGCUCCAGCUCCCAAGCCACUGGAAAACGGAACCACCACUCAGCCGAUCAGGACCCCUGCAAGGAACAAGAAGCAGAAAGGCCAACGCAGAUGAAGAGGAAGAGGAAAUGUCCAAAGAGCCUGCCCACUCUACAAGACCUCAGCCAAUCAGUGUGUCAGGGGAGUCAGUUGUUUUUGUUUUUGCAGGUAUCUUUUAGCAUGGUUUAACUGCAAGGUCUCCAUACGAAAUCAAAAGCUGAUGGUCUGUUCUUUUGCCUCAUACUCAUGUUUGAAUAUUAAAACAGCAAGACACUGCAGAAAAAGCUCCUUUCUACACACUCGCCCAGCACCUAACAUCAUAUUCACUGUGUCCAGGUGGGCCAUCCCACACAGAUUUUGUGGUGAAAUUUCCAUGCUUUGACUUUGCUGAGGUCUUUUUUGAGCAGCUCAACUUUUGUCUUGGAUUGUAACUUCGAGUCUUCAAAUUACAGUCACCUCAUUUCUGUAAUUAUGGUGCUAUUUGACAGUGGCUGUGCACAUGAGGAACAAUGAAAAUAUAAAUAGGGUUGGAAGGAGGGCACCUGUGCGGAGCUAUUUUUAUUUGCUAUGAUUUAUAACAUGCUUCAUAGGUUCAUUCAAAUGGUUCAUUUUUCUAAACCAUGAGCACUUAAGGUCAGGUGAAUGAUGGACCUGUUGCUAACAAAUUAAGUUUGAGUUUGUAUGUAAAAUUGUAGUAUCAUUACAGAAUAGAUAGGCUGUGAUCUAAAGUGUUCUGCUUUUGUGUUUGGAUAUCAAAGGCUGGUGUUUUUAUUUGAGAGCUCAUAAACUACUUCUCUUCCAAUUAGGGAAAAAAAUGUGGAACUGACCUUUUAAUCAAAGGGUUUUCUAGGCAACUGUUAACCCCACAGCCUAAAAAGGUGCAGAAUCAGUUCAUUUGCUUGGGUGAAACCAUGUCACAUAUAAAGACAUUGGAUGGAAUGCAUCGUUGUUGUUGUUUUUUUUUUUUAAAGAAUGGAAGAUAGGAUCUGUACAGUGCAUUUCUAUCUGAAAAUUACGUCAAAUGUUUUAUUUUUUUUCUGUGUUUCUGAUUUUUGUGAGCUUUCUAUGAGGGCAAACAGUGAAUCUGCAUGUCUACUGCCAAAGCAUUUUACUCUGCUGUCUUCACAAUGUAAAACCUGAGCUAUCAUAGUAGAGUACAAUUAAGGAUAGUCCAGUUUUAUCCAUUUGGAUAAGCAAGAGGGAUGUAUUUGUACUGAUUUGCAUUAACAAGGAGGAUGCCAUCAUUCACCCCUCCUCUGUCCUGCUGACUUUGGGAUCAAAGUGUUGAUAUGUAUUUGCACACAUCAUCCACUCAGACGCCUUCCAGACAUUCAUGCACACAUUGACACACUUAAUUGUAAUUUUUUCCUAUAUAGUUAGCCGCUGUUUAAACCAGGCAUGCCCUGAAAAGACAAGAUAAUCUUUUGUAAAAAGAAGUGUAUUUUGAGUUCACAAAACAAAACAUAUUUUUACACAUUAACUUUAGGUCAAGUAGUAUUUGAAAAUGUGCGAAAACAUCAAAUAUAUUUGGAGUGUUUGCAAGACGGAUGGUGCAUUUCCGGUUGCUGUGUUUAGUUGCUGCAGGCACGCUCAGUUACAGCGAUUGUCUGACUGGACUGUGGAUGUGGGCUCAUUCUUAAUAGAGUCUGCUGAAAAUAUAGUGAAGCUGCAGCUCAUCUGUUUAUAACUUCUGAUUUGUUGUGAAUCCUGCUAUGUAUUAUUUUCAAGUAUAAAUGAAUCCUGAAUUAUUACCGCAAACACACAGUCAAGGAUUGUAUGAGUCUUAAGACGCAGCGGCAACUCUUGGAGGCAUUCAAGAUAGAAGAAAUAAUUGCAGCUGUUACACAAGAAAUGAAGAUAGAAAACAAAAAUCUUGUUGCUCAGUUUGUCUUGGUGAAAUUAGCCAUCUCCUACCAGUACAGCUACACAUCAUUACCACUUAUUUAAUGACCUGGAGAGCUUAUGUGGUUGUUGAUAGGGUCAGAAAUAACAGCAUUAAUAUGAAUAAGAUGGUGGCCUACAAAGCUAAUAAUUUCCUACUGGCUAAAUCUACAUUGUUUGAGAAUGCUGCCCGUAUAUCAAGCCUUUACAUAUCUGUCUGCCACAUUUGUGGAUCAGCUUUAGCAGACAGUCUUUCCACCUCUUGUCAAAUACGUCAAAUCAAGCUGUCUUGGUUUUCAAGAAUAGUAAUCAUAAGCAUACACUGUUUUGUCCUGGUCCUGAUCCUGAGUCUGAAAUGUGUCUUUUGGGCUGUGAACAAACAACCUGUGUGGUUCACCUGGACCUGUAUUAUACCUGGGGAAUGGGUAACACUUCCAAUUGCAGCUUUUUUUCUGUAUCGACAGUUUAGAUAGUAGCAGAUGAAAAAAUUAUGGCAGUGAGUUGUUAAAGAGCUCGAUGCUACAAGGUAAAAGGAGAACAGGUCAAGCUUUACCUGGCUCAAGUCUAACCGAAUGCAGAAGUCCUGCCAUUUAAAGUGCUGCCGGUGGCGGCUGAACCAGCCAUGCCAAAAUGUGCUCAGUUUUGUGUAUCUACACCACUAAUGAAAGUAAAAGAGCAGUAAUCUAAAGUGUUACCACAUCAUGUAUUUCAGCUUUACAGAUUUGAGGUAUACAUAUAUAGAGAGUAUCUAUAUAUAUUUAUGGGAAGAGGUGUUGUAAAUACAUUUUGCAAAUGUGCUUUCUAAAACAUUUCACUGAAUAGUAUUUAGUGGAACGUGCAGGUGAUUUUAUUGUCAUUGCUGAAUAUUUUAUGAAAUUUUAGUUUUCUUUUAUGGUCAUAUAUUUUUUCUUUCUCUUGCUAGCUGGUGAAUGUGUGGAGAAUAAAGACAAAUGGACUGUUGAGGAGAGAGUCUUGUACUGAUAA